UGUCAGUCCCGCACCCGGUCCCGGGGGAUGGAGGCUCCGUGACACACGAGCGGGAGGCGGCCGCCACACAUGACAGUAAAGGACACGGUCCCGGUGUGCCUGUGGACAGGCCGGGUCAUCUGGAUGGAGAAACGGCAGCUGCAGGUGGCUGGACCCCCAGAGAGACCAGAGCACCCAGAGCGCCGGCGGCUGGGCCCUGAACGCCGAGGAGCGGCUGCUCCGGCACCUGUUCGAGGAGAAGGGCUACAACAAGGAGGUCCGGCCGGCCGAGCGCAAGGAGGACGUUGUGGAGGUGUCCCUGGCACUCACGCUCUCCAACCUCAUCUCACUGAAGGAGGUGGAGGAGACCCUCACCACGAACGUGUGGAUCGAGCACACCCUGCCUGCCCUUGUCCUGGGCAGCUGGGGGUCGCUGGGCGACAGAGCCCACUGCUGACGCAGGGGGCCCCCCAGGGCUGGACAGACAGCCGGUUACAGUGGAACGAGGCAGACUUCGAGAACGUCAGUGUCCUGCGGCUGCCCCCCGACAUGGUGUGGCUCCCAGAGAUCGUGCUGGAGAACAACAACGACGGCUCCUUCCAGAUCUCCUACUCGUGCAACGUGCUCAUCUACUCCUCGGGCUACGUGUACUGGCUGCCGCCUGCCAUCUUCCGCUCCUCCUGCCCCGUCUCCGUCACCUACUUCCCCUUCGACUGGCAGAACUGCUCCCUCAAGUUCAGUUCCCUGAAGUACACGGCCAAGGAGAUCGCCCUGAGCCUGAAGCAGGAGGAGGAGGACGGACGCGCCUUCCCCGUGGAGUGGGUCAUCAUCGACCCCGAGGGCUUCACAGAGAACGGGGAGUGGGAGAUAGUGCACCGGCCGGCCCGGGUCAACCUGGACCCGAGCGUCCCACUGGACACCCCUGGCCAGCAGGAUGUCACCUUCUACCUGAUCAUCCGCCGCAAGCCCCUCUUCUACGUCAUCAACAUCCUGGUGCCCUGUGUGCUCAUCUCCUUCAUGAUCAUCCUGGUCUUCUACCUGCCGGCCGACUGUGGUGAGAAGACGUCGGUGGCCAUCUCAGUGCUGCUGGCCCAGUCGGUCUUCCUGCUGCUGAUCUCCAAGCGGCUUCCCCCCACGUCCCUGGCCAUCCCGCUCAUCGGCAAGUUUCUGCUCUUCGGCAUGGUGCUGGUGACCAUGGUCGUGGUCAUCUGCGUCGUGGUGCUCAACAUCCACUUCCGCUCGCCCAGCACCCACGUGCUGUCCGACGGAGUCAAGAAGCUCUUCCUGGAGACGCUGCCCGGGCUCCUGCACAUGUCCCGACCAGCAGAGGAGGGGCCUGGCCCGGGGGCCCUGAUCCGGAGGAGCAGCUCGCUGGGCUACAUCUCCAAGGCCGAGGAGUACUUCUCCCUCAAGUCCCGCAGUGACCUCAUGUUCGAGAAGCAGUCGGAGCGGCACGGGCUGGCCCGGCGUCCCACGACCGCGCGCAGGCCCCCCGUGGGCUCUGAACAGGCCCAGCAGGACCUCUUCAGCGAGCUGAAGCCUGCUGUGGACGGGGCCAACUUCAUCAUCAACCACAUGAAGGACCAGAACAACUACAAUGACGAGAAGGACUGCUGGAACCGUGUGGCCAGCACUGUGGACCGCCUCUGCCUCUAUGUCGUCACGCCCGUCAUGGUGGUGGGCACCGCCUGGAUCUUCCUGCAGGGCGCCUACAAUCAGCCGCCACCCCAGCCCUUCCCGGGGGACCCCUUCUCCUACCAGGAGCAGGACAAGCGCUUCAUCUAAGGCUCCUCUGCGGGAAGCAGCUGGCUGGGGGCAGUCCGGGGGUGGCCCGCCCAGUGAGGAACUCUUCCCAGCAGCCACAGGAGUGACCGGGGUGCUGCCCGCCCCGGGGGGUUC